AUGAUGGGGCCUCCACCAACCAUCACGGUGCCAUACGGUCUUCCAGCAGGCUUAGCGUAUUUAGCUAGUCUUGGCGAAGUGCGCGUUCAUCAGAUACUUGAGUUAUUGGAAGUCGUAACUGGAUUUGAGAGGAACAAUAGAUAUAGAAUUUGUAAUGAAGGAGAACAACAAUUUAUGUUUGCUAAGGAAGAUACUGAUUGUAUGACAAGACAAUGUUGUGGUACUGCUCGUCCCUUUACUAUGAACAUAACAGACAACAUGGAACAGCCAUUGAUUCAAUUACAUAGACCAUUCCGUUGUCAAGGUAGUUGCUUAUGGUGUUGUUAUCUACAAGAAAUGGAAAUUCAGAGUCCACCUGGAAAUAAAGUGGGUGAAGUUAAAGAAGUUUGGACUUGCUGGACGCCUAAAUAUAAUGUUUUUGAUGCUACUGGAACUCAUAUAUUUACCAUUGUUGGUGAUUGCUGCUACUGUAAAUGCUGUGCUGAUGUGGUCUUUAGGGUUUUAGAAGGUGAUGAAGGUGGACAAGAAGUUGGUCAAAUUGUGAAACAUUGGGGUGGAUGUAGAGAAGUAUUUGGUGGAGCUAAUGAUUUCUCAUUAAGAUUUAAUCCACAGAUGGAUUUAAUGAAGAAAGCCAUUUUAUUUGGAGCCACAUUUUUGAUUGAUUUCAACUAUUUUGAAUACAGAGGCAACAAUUAA